UUUAACUCAUGGUGUUUUUCAUCAGCGACUCAUCUGAUUGUCUAGUGUUGUGGCUGCUGUGUUCCUCCACCAUGACGGAUGCGGUGCCGUCUGCUACCAGUGUCAGAAGCCGGGUGUUCCAAUUUCUGGGUUUUAAGUGAGACAUCUUGACUGGAUUUUUUUUUCUGUCACAUUAUGUGAAUACUGUUUGAGGUGAUUUACGUGACCAGGUCACGGCACAAGGGCCUGAGACUGAUGAAAUCUAUAUGACAUCUGCUGAUGAAAAUGAUCCUGGUAUGAAUGACGACGCCUCAUGUUACCUCAAACCAAGCUGGAUACAGUAUUCAGUUACUUGGAGGAAUUCAUCAGUAUUGAACUCACAUCUGCCACAUUGAAAUAAGUCACUCCAUCGAUUUGCUAGACUGAUUCCAUCCAUUUUGUUUGCCUUGAACUGAAUGUAUUGAAAACGUAGAAUCUGCCUCACCUACACGUGGGAGCAGUAACCCUGUGUGGAGAUGAACGGUGGACCAGCACCUGACUGGGGCCAGCACUGAGGACAUGUGGUAUUGAUGUUUUACCUGAACGCUGGAACGUUCGCAGCUCGUGGUGGCAGUGAAGAGAUGUUAACAAACAAACAAACUGUUUAAUCCGUCCAUUUUGUGGCCUGAUUGUUGACCAGCUCUACCAGCAUGGAGGAGAUGUGCAAUGGAGAUAUGCAUCUGCAGACUGCACGAGGGUUCUGCUCCUGUAAAGAACAUGGAAGUGCACAGUCCCGCCUGUUCAUCAAGGGAGGGAAGAUUGUCAACGAUGAUCAGUCUUAUGAUGGGGACAUCUACAUUGAGGAUGGAAUCAUCAAACAAAUCGGUAAUAACCUUGUCAUCCCAGGUGGAGCACGAACAAUUGAUGCUCGGGGCAAGCUCGUUAUCCCAGGUGGUAUCGACACACACACUCACAUGCAGCUGCCCUUCAUGGGGACGCAGGCAGCGGACGACUUCUACAGCGGGACCAAGGCCGCACUGGCAGGAGGAACUACGAUGAUCAUGGAUUUUGUCCUGGAUCAGAAGGGAGUGUCUCUGUUGGAUGCCUAUGACAAGUGGCGAUCCUGGGCUGACGAGAAAGUGUGCUGCGACUACGCUCUCCAUGUUGGAGUGACAUGGUGGAGCGAGCAGGUGGCCAAUGACAUGGAGGUGCUGUGCAAUGACCGAGGUGUGAACUCCUUCAAGAUGUUCCUGGCCUACAAGGACGUGUUCAUGCUGUCUGACUCCGAGCUGUACCAGUCCUUCCUUAAAUGUAAACAGCUGGGGGCCCUCGCCAUGGUGCAUGCAGAGAAUGGGAGCCUCAUUGAGGAGAAAUCUCGGGAGAUGUUGCAGAUGGGAAUCACAGGCCCCGAGGGUCAUGUCAUGUGUCGGCCAGAGGAGGUUGAGGCAGAGGCCGCUCAGCGAGCCAUCACGAUAGCCAAUCAGGCAGAUUCACCCCUCUACAUUGUUCACGUCAUGAGCAAGAGCUCUGCUGAUGUCAUCUCCGCUGCCAGAAGAAAAGGUAAUAUAGUAUUCGGUGAACCUAUUGCUGCCAGUUUAGGCACCGACGGUACUCACUGUUUCAACAAAUGCUGGCGUCACUCUGCCGGUCAUGUGAUGGGCCCCCCUCUCCGGCCGGAUCCCACCACACCGGACUAUCUCAUGGAUUUGCUGGCCAACAACGACCUGCAAGUCACAGGCACAGACAACUGCACAUUUAAUGCUGACCAGAAAGCUUUAGGCAAAGACGACUUCCGUAGAAUUCCAAAUGGUGUCAACGGUGUGGAAGACAGAAUGUCCAUCAUCUGGGAGAAGGGAGUCCACAGCGGGAAGAUGGACCCGUGUAGAUUCGUUGCUGUAACAAGUACAACUGCUGCUAAGAUUUUCAACAUGUACCCCAAGAAGGGCAGGAUAGCAAUUGGCUCGGAUGCAGAUAUCGUUAUCUGGGACCCUGACCAGACACGAACAAUCUCGGCCAAGACCCAUCACCAGGCCGUAGACUUCAACAUCUUUGAAGGAAUGGUCUGUCAUGGUGUGCCACUGUACGUUAUGAUGAACGGCCACGUUGUAUUGGAUGAAGGACAGCUGAAGGUGACUCAAGGACUGGGUCGCUUCGUCCCCACCUCUUGUAAUUCCGAGUUCGUCUUUGGACGUGUGAAGGAGAGGGAAAGGGCUCGCAGGCCAGUGAAAGUGGAGCGUGACCCCUACACCGGACCCGUCAUAGAGGUCAUGGAGAACGCUCUGUCGUUAAAACCUGUGGACGCGAAUCCCAUCAUCCCUGACGUCAACUCGGCUGAGUUCUACAACCGACCAAAAACACGUGGAGGUGGACGAAACUUGCAAGAUUCCAGCUUUAGCUUCAGUGGUGCCCAGAUAGACGACAAGUCUCCUCGUCGCCCAGCCACGCGCGUUGCAGCUCCCCCUGGUGGUGCUUCCACAAAGCUAUGGUAGUCAACGUGCUACCCAAGGGCAGAUAACUCGGGCUGUCUCUCGCUUACAGUAAUGAAGUGUCAAAGUGGAGAGCUUGUCAAGUGUUGCGUUCUUAAUUGCUACAGAUUAUGAGAGAAUGUUUUGUUGGGUGGUCAUACUUUGUGUACAACCUGCAGACUACUUGUCACAUGUAGGAUACGUAAGCGUGCAGAUACUGUAAACGCGACGUGACAGAAAAGAAACAUUGACACAAUAUGGUCUUCAACUCAUUUUAAUUUUAAUUCAUGUUUUAUUCUACAUUUCGAUAAAACCUUCAUGUUUUAUUCUACAUUUCGAUAAAACCGUCAUGUUUGCAGUUGUACAGAAUGUGUGAAUGCCAGUUUUCAACGUUCAUCUGUUUCAUCAUUCCGUGUUAAGUUGAAAACUCAACGAUUCAUUUCUAAACAUAUAAUGGAAUCUGGUCGUUAAAAAAGAUAACAGCAUGAAUUUCUAUUUCGCUUGAAAAAUACUUCUAGUCUUACUGGAACUUAUUUCCAAUAUCAACAUCACAUGGUGACAAAAUUUCAGUUGAAUAUUGUGAGUGACAAGCCUUGAUUGUAUGGUGGAUGUGUAAACACGUGACAGUCACAUGAUGUGUCACGUGACCCCCUUGACUGCCCGCUGCUGUUGGAGCAAUGAUCUCAGAACAUCAUUCCCGUGAUGAUGCAUUUGUGAAGCAAACCGAACAGUGAUUGUUUUUACGAAGGGUAAACGUCUUUUGGAAUAUAUACCGGAUUGAAUAUCUAUGUUCUAUGUACAUGUCAGGGAUAAUGGAAGAGAUUGCUGAACAGUCUAGUCUCAAAACUGAAUUACCCAAAACAUAAUCUGAAUUUAAAAAACUGGUUGACAAAUGCAGAUUCAAGGGUCAAAGGUCAACAUUCGACGGCAAGCUUUUAACCUGAACUCUAUUUCCCCACCAAAGGGAGGUAACUGAAGUAGUGGAUGUAUGAACCAGUGAGUCACAAUCACUUGUGUUCACGCUAUUCAGUAAAGACAGCUUAUUGUCAGGGUUCGACGUAUAAUGUUUUACAAGAUACAUAAUAAUUUUAUUUCUUUGUACAAGUAACCAAAUAUGAUUCAUGAUAUUGUAGACACGUGUCCAUUUUGUUUUUGUAUUGUAGACUGUGCAUGUUUUGUUGAGUUUUUGUCAAAUUCAUUUUAAACACAUAAAUAUUUUACAGAAGUGAAAAUGAUUUUACUUGCAAGAGGAGAUUAUUUGCCUACAUUCUUACUAAUAUAAUUAACACACCGGGAACAAUCCACUUUUAUCUUCAAUACUAAUUUUAUUUUUUUUAAACAUAAGUAUCCAGGUUAAGAAAAGAUAUUGCUAGUACUUGUCUCAGUAACUUAACUGUCUCGUUAAAAAAUCCUGGAGUUAAUUAGUAGGCCCUGUUAACGAGCGACUACCUAUGCAACAGGAGAGGUAUAAUCUAUUGUACAAGAAAGUAUUUAAUAAUCAUUAAUCAGACAUUCGAGUACACCAUGUAUAUGUAGGGGUUGUCAGUGUAUAGCAGAUUAUUGUAAAUUAUAUUCUUUUAUACCAUGGUUUGGAAAUUGUAUGCUUUGAGUUAGGACAGGCCACUUGAAACUUGCUUCACACUUGUUCCAUUUAAAAUGAUUUCUUAAUUUUGUCCUAUUAUCCCUUUCUCAACUGUCAUUCCUUGAACCAAAGAUCAGUUUUUGCAUCUGCUUUAUGAAUGGACUAUCUAUUGCAUAUUAUCCCAUGUCUUUUCUCUGUGGAUGGUGUAGUAUAUUUCCUGGUGGAAUGCAAUUCUAUCUAACUGCAUUUCUAACUAUUUCUACCUAACUAUAUUUCAGUAUUUUCUGAAUUAAAACAUGUUUUGAAAUUGUCUAGAUUUGUUUCCAAAACGUAACAAAAGCUUGUUGGAAUUUGGAAUUUAAAAUUUGGAUUUGAAGAGUAUUAAUGAUAAUGGUUUCGGAGCUCCCUGCACCAUCCACACAGCAAGAACACUGUCUAAGAGUCGUGUCUAUCCCAGUGCCUGGAUCAGUGGAAGAGAAGGACAAUGGCCUUGUUGAUAUUGUCAUAGUCGUAGCCUGUUGUAGGUGUCAGCAUUUACAUCUCUACCAUGUACUGCCAGUCAAGGCAAAUAAAUUAUUGCUUCUGA